AUGCCAGCCAAAUCUUGGAAACUUGCAGAGGAAAUAAUUCCAGUUCUUAGGGAGGUGGAGCUGGCUACUGUUCUUUUUAGCUCGCAGUCCAAAACAACAUCUGGAGUUGUCCUGCCUGCUAUUACCGGUUUGGUUGAACAACUUUCCUCGGCAAGUUUCCAAGAUUUGGCUGGCAUAUCUAGGACCCUUGCUUCUUGUGGUUUGGUCAGAGAUUGAUCAGACAACACCGCAACGACUGGCCAACGCAACAGCGACAGACGCUCCAACAUGUAACAUGUGGAGUUCCAUCUGGUAGACACAUCCUGAAUCAAUCCUUUGCCAUGAUGUUCAGACGACAGCGAGCUAACAAUUCCACCAGGGCAGAAUUUUAGGGAUACCCUCGUCCAGUCUUUGACUGAAAGAUUCUUUCUCGACCAAUUGGAUGUCACCUACGAGGAAACAAACACUUGCGAACCGGUUCCAUUUUAUCUGUUGGCUUCAUUCAUGGAUCCCAGAUUCUGUGACCUGUCAUUUCUGGGCGAACACAAGAGGCAUGCGUUAGUGAAGUUUGCGUCAAAGACCGUGAAAGCCAUGCCAUCAUUGCCUACAAGCAGCGGCGCUGCUACCAGUGCAUCCGAACCAGAGGUUUUUCCACUGCCAAAGAAGAAAUCCAAGUCAGAGGUAGCCAUGGAAGAGUUGCUUGGUAAAGGAAAAUCGUCAAAUGACUUUGAGGAAUCCACACGUGAAGAAGAAUCUCAAGCGGAAAAGAAUCGAAAGAUUGAUAAAGAGGUACAGCAACUGAGCAACGAGGCACCAAUAGGUUUGACGGAAGAUCCGUUAAUGUGGUGGAAAGAAAACGAAAAGCGAUACCCUUUCAUACGGAACCUUGCCGCCAGAGUAUUAGCGGCUCCGCCAACGUCCGUGCCAAGCGAAGAGAUUUUCAGCAAGGCUGGACUGGUCGUCUCAAAGAAACGUGCCUCACUUAAGCCAGCUGUUGUCGACGCAAUUCUAUUUUUAAACAAAAACAAUAUGUAG